AUAAAGAUUUCUUGUCCCUAAAAAUUGCUUGGAACCCGAGUUAAAAUAACUUGUAUUUUUUUUUGUAUUUUUUUUUUUUUUUUUUUUUUUACUUAUUUAACUACAACAUUCAUUCUUACUCUUAUUAAAUAUACAUACAUACCAUGCCUCGAACUACGUUUUCUUGUCGUUGGUCCAGUUGCCAAUUGAAUUUUGGAGAUCCAGAAGAUCUCUUUACACAUUUAUCUGAUGAUCACAUUGGUCGAAAGGCGACCAACAACCUUUGCUUACAAUGUCAAUGGAACGGUUGCGGCACCGUUGCAGCCAAACGAGAUCAUCUCGCUAGUCAUUUGCGAGUUCAUUUACCCUUAAAACCUCACCAGUGCACACUUUGUAGUAAAGGGUUUAAAAGACCUCAAGAUUUAAAAAAACAUGAGCGUAUCCAUACAGUAGAGCAUCAAGCCUCUUUACUUAGUAACCAACCCGGCUAUAAACCCGUACGUAGAAGAAGAAAAGCAACCACAGUGAAUGUUACAGUAACACCACAUGCACCCAAGAAAGAGACUUCAGAGUCAGACUUGUCCUCCUACAGUCCUAGUUUUUCAUUAGGCGAGUCAUCUCAGCAACCUUAUUAUGAAAACUACUCCCAGGAUCCUUUACAAGAGCUUAUUGACGAUGUCCUACAAAACCAAUCUUCACCUAGUUACGACACUGAUAUGAUGGAUCGACUAGAUUCGAUUGCACCUUUACUUCAGUACAAUGACUGGUCUUUACCUUGCGAACCUGAAGCGAUUCCACAACUUCAAAAUUGGUUAGAACAACUCUCUGCUAAUAUCCAAACGGAAGACGAUAACAUUUAUCCUGAACUCCUCACAACGACAAAACCCGUGCUUUUUCAACAAGAUUUACUCUCUUCAGAGGACUAUGAUUUGUAUCCUAAAUUAACCAACCAAAAUCUAUGGACUACUACAUCCGAUAAACAAAACUCUGCUUCUGAGUCCUCCUACGUUCAUACACCACCCCAUUCCUCUUCUUCUCCUCUUAACUUGAAGCCUCAGUUUUGGUCGCCUGGGUAUAUCACUUCUCCUAGCUAUAUCACCUCACCUGCUCAUGUCAUAUCUGGUAAUAAUGAGGGUUCUUCUGGAUACAUCCCCUCUCCUCCAGCUAAUAUCCCUCCUCCUCUACCUCCUCGUCCUACCAACAGAAGUCUUGACGACUCGAUGUUUGUCAAUUAUGCCGAGUUUACACAACCCGAGUUUACACAAACCGAGUUUACACAACCCGAAUUUACACAACCCGAGUAUACACGACCUGGAUUUCAGUCGAUCGAGUAUGAUUAUACACCUUCUGAUGCCAUUGAUUUUGAUACACCUACGCAGUACGAGAAAGUGGAACCCAAUCUUGUAUUUGAAACUGCUAAAAGAGAAGAGGAAGAAACUCCACAACCUGUGUUGAGUACAACGGGUACCUUUAACCAAAAAAAGGAGCUGGUACAAAUGAUGAAUUUGUUUUCUUCGCCUCAUAGUGACAUUGUUUAUAAAAAACAAGAAACCAUUACUACUACUGCUGGCAGCGUAUAUACCACGGAAGGUGAGGAAGAAGAAGAGGAAGAGGAGGAAGAAAAAUGCCCGUAUGCAGAUUUGGUGGGACAAAUCCAAAAUAUGAAGAUUGAUGAAGAUGCGAUUCGAAAACGUCAUGCGCUUUUAGUAGAUACCUUAACUAAACGCAUUGCACAAGGAACGGGAAACGUGUGAAGGAUUAUAUAACAAAACUUUAGUACCAAUGGAAACUCGCGUGGUACAAGGGCAUGGACUUUCCUCUUUUCUUUUUUUUUUUUCUUUUUUUUUUUUUUUUUUAAUAAAACUCUCUUUAUAUUU